UUUUGUUUACCGCAGAGAACGCAAAAGCGCUGCGGUUUCAGUUGCUCUGCUACUCUGAUUAGGCGCCCCAAGUGAGCGAGCGAAUUUUUGCAAAACAGCUCGUGGAAAAUAAUUCAGUUUUCUUCAUUCCGCCGCCGACGACGCAAGCGCUCGGUUGUGUGCUCGCACGAGAGGUCUUCGUCACCCGUCGCCCACCAUCGCUCCUCGAUUCGCGCUCGAGUGCCGGAUUCCCGGAGUCUUCAACUGAACAUCGGCCGCCCUCGUCCGGAGUUCCGGCUUAAAAGCAGCACCCACAUCAAAUCCUAGCAGAUCAUGGCAGAGAAUGAACCGCUGAAUGACCAGCAGAACCAGGUGAAUGGUCGCAUCCUGCCCGCCAAUGGACACAGUGCUCCGCUUACCAAUGGCCAGGUGCACGUCAACGGAAAGGACUCGUUGAAGCACUCCUCUCCGAUUCAGAAUGGGAACGGGACACACAUCGAGGCUCCCUGUUGUCGGGACAUACACGGCAAGGAGCCUCCCGACGGCGGAGCCCGCGCCUGGUUGGUCAUGGUGAGCGCCUUCCUCUGCAACGGCAUCAUCUUCGGGUUCAUCAACACCUACGGCGUGAUCUACUCACUGCUGACCGAGCGGCUCACAAAGCUUGGCGACCAGGAGGCCUCCAGCAAGGCGGCUCUCAUUGGAGCCCUGGCCAUCGGCACCACAUUCCUCUUCUCCACAGUGGCUGGCUGCCUCACGGAUAAGAUUGGACUGCGGCUGACCACCUUCGCCGGCGGAGUCCUUUCCGCAGGAGGACUGCUGCUGUCCUCCUUCUGCACGGAGAACAUCACGGCGCUGUACUUCACCUACGGGAUCAUGUUUGGGCUGGGAGCAGCCCUCGCCUAUACACCCACCCUGGCCAUCCUGGGCCACUACUUCAAGCGCUAUCUGGGCAAGGUGAGCGGCUUCGUGACCGCCGGCUCCAGCGUUUUCACUGUGAUACUGCCCCCCUUUCUGGACAAGCUCCUGGGCAGCUACGGAUUGGAGGGAACCCUGAGGAUAAUGAGCCUCGUGUCCGCCUUCAUAAUCCUCUGCUCCUUCGUUUACAAGCCACUGCAUCCGCCGCCGGAACCGCCUAAGAAAAAGCCUGGAAGGUCGCGCAUCAAUCUCUUCCUGCGCUCCAUUAUCAACGUGGAGAUCUGGAAGCGGAAGCGCUUCGUCAUCUGGGCUCUUUGCGUGCCCCUCGCCUUGUUUGGUUACUUUGUGCCCUACGUCCACAUGAUGCAGUUCGUGAAGACCACUUUCCCGGGCGAGGACGUCAACCUGCCGGUCAUGUGCAUCGGCAUCACCUCCGGAAUCGGACGGCUGAUCUUCGGUGUCAUUGCUGACAUGCCGGGCGUGAAUCGCAUGUACCUGCAGCAGCUGUCGCUGGUGUCCAUUGGCCUGGUCACUUUGCUGCUUCCCUUGACCAGUUCGUAUGUGGUCCUCGUCUCGUUCACCCUGGUCAUGGGUCUCUUCGACGGCUGCUUCAUCUCGCUGCUGGGCCCGAUUGCCUACGAGAUCUGUGGACCGUCGGGUGCCACGCAGGCCAUCGGUUUCCUGCUGGGCCUCAGCUCCAUUCCGCUGACCGUGGGACCUCCAGUGGCGGGAUUGAUCUACGAUAGCACGAACUCCUACACAGUUCCCCUAAUCCUCGCUGGACUGCCGCCACUGCUCGGCUCCUCGCUGUUGUUCCUCAUCAAGUGCGUUAAGGAGGAGGAGAACGGAGUCAGUGCGCCACGAGCGGUUGUUCUGGCCAACGGGGACAUCGAGAUUGCCAGCAAUGGUCAUUACCGAUCGGGUGGCACCAAGUCCAGCGCUCCGUUGAUGGGUGCCAGUAAUAGUAAUGGUGUGAAUGGAACCGGAGGAGCAGCCCCAACGAUCCAAAGCAACGGACACGUGGACAGCGGAACUGGUGCGUACCCCGACUCACCUUGGCCUAGCCCCACUCGCAUCUCAGACUCCGCCGCCUGCGACCAUCCCAGUAGCUCGCUUCACACUAACCCGGGCGCUCAGCUGCCCAGCUGCUCGCACACCGCCCUGCUAAGCAGGAGCUCCAGCUCCAGCUCCAGCUGCAGCAUGUCCAUGCCCCUGGCUGACGACCCAAAGAGGCGUCGCUAUAACUAUUCCAUCUACUAACACGCCUCACUGCCUUGUUAACUAGUUAAUCGCUAGAGUUUCUCUGCUUCGCCUGCUGUUAGCCCUUUCUUGGGCACUUUUUGCUUUUUUGGUGUGUGGAAAGAGUUUGUAUUCGAAUAGCAUGACUUAGACGCACCUCUGACCAGCCCACAUCCCACGUCUCUAACUUCGCACCUGCAUCCUGCACCCGUAUUCCCAUUCCCAUGCCCAUUGCCUUUAAUUGCUUUUUAGAUCGUAAGCCUCAUCGACCGGGACCUGCUGUAAAUAAAUGCCAGCUUUUGUAUUAUAUAA